UCCUUGAAUCCGUGUUUCUGGAGCUGCCGCGUGGCGGUGUUUCUUCCGCUCGGGACUCCUCCUUAGCAGCUCGUGAUCGCCAUUACUGCUCAAGCUGGCGUUAAAGCCGCCAUUUUUAGUUAGCAUUUCAGCCGAGGUUGUCCGAGAUUGUCUGGUCGCGGCUAGGCUUCUUCACCUUUUGUAUCAUUGUGUGGUAGGGAAGGAGUCGUUUAGGUUAAGGUGGUUAAAUCAGGCCCGCCUUGUCAGAGCCGGAAACGAGCCGCUAGUUCCCUGCUGUCCAUCCUGCUCGCAACUCGCGUGAUUGAGGAGAGAAAGACCUGGAGAUCGGUUUUGAACAGAGCAUUGCUUUAUUAGCUCAGGCACCUUUUCUUCGCUUACAACCAGGGCUUAGUUAAUCAUGCUUGACGCGUCCUCUCUAAUAUAGCUGUUGCUCCUGUCGAUUAUUAAAAGGACUGUAAAUAACAUUUCUCCCCCAAGCAAAUAACCAAAAUCCUUUGUGUGCAGGGGGCAUAUAUUUUACCAGUUGUAAUGAGGUUGUACUAAACUUGAAGAAAUAUUGUACUUUGUAGCAAUACCAGGCUCAUUGCAAUUUUAAAAUUAUCGGUUGAUUUUUCUUAUUUAGAACAUUUUGUGUCCGAAUUGUACAUAAUUGCAAGUUCAUCUAAAAAAGUUCAGAUCAUUUAAUUUUACAGUUCUGAGUUUAGCUUGCAUUCAUUGUUCUUCCAAGAUGAGCUAAAGGGCAAUCUAAUAAAGAUUAAUAUAGAGAUUAUACAAAAACAUAUAUUGCAUAUGUUGGAAUUUAGUAUGAUGAUCAAUGUUUGGUUGUUAGAAGAAUUAUACAUAUAUAGAAAUACAUUUUAGCUACCAAAGCAGGUAACUUGCACCUCGUAAGAAAAAGAAAGCAGAAUGUGAUCUUUUUUCUUAAUAUUUGUGCUUUCAAAUUGAAAUUAAAAUUGUUAAAAUUAACUUCUGCCUGUUAAAAUACAGCAUGGUUUGUUGAUAAAGUUAGUCAAAGGAAUAAAUGCUGCAGAAUAGCAAUAUAUUUGCUAAAACAUAUUUACUGAUUCACUUUUUAUGUUAAUUCUUGCAGCCUAACCUAAAUUGAGAGCCAGUUCAGUUUAGUGGUUAGUACUGGACUAAAGCCAGAAAACCUGAAUUUUGUCCUACUUUAGGGCUGGAGGUCAGCAGAGUGACUUUAGAGUAGUCACUUUCCCUCAACUCUAGAAAAAAUGCAGUGACAAGUCACUGAGGAAAAUCCUUGUCCAUAUAGUUGCCAGGAGUCAAGACUGACUCCAUACAAGCACUCCCCUGUAAAUUAACAAGAUCAUGCCUUCAUGUAUGCUGCUUUUCAUAGGCUACUUGAUUGUUGAUCCCACCCAGAAGAUUUACUUGGCAAAGAUAUAUAAUACUGUUUGAAAACAAUGGAGACUGAACAGCAAGAGGAGACCUUUACUAACACAGAGACAAAUGGCAAACGACCAGCUGAGGAUACAGAAGAGGAACAGGCCUUCAAAAGGUCAAGGAACACUGAUGAGAUGGUGGAACUGCGCAUUCUGCUUCAGAGUAAAAAUGCUGGAGCAGUAAUUGGCAAAGGUGGCAAAAAUAUUAAAGCACUUCGUACAGACUACAAUGCCAGUGUUUCAGUCCCAGACAGCAGUGGCCCCGAGCGUAUACUGAGUAUAAGUGCAGAUAUUGAAACAAUUGGAGAAAUUCUGAAGAAAAUUAUCCCAACAUUGGAGGAAUACCAGCAUUACAAAGGAAGUGACUUUGACUGUGAAUUGAGACUAUUGAUUCAUCAAAGUUUGGCGGGAGGAAUUAUUGGUGUCAAGGGAGCUAAAAUCAAAGAACUUCGAGAGAACACUCAAACCACUAUUAAGCUUUUCCAAGAAUGUUGCCCUCAUUCUUCUGACAGAGUGGUACUAAUUGGUGGAAAACCUGAUAGAGUUGUGGAAUGCAUCAAAAUAAUACUGGAUCUUAUAUCAGAGUCACCAAUUAAAGGACGGGCACAGCCUUAUGACCCCAAUUUUUAUGAUGAAACUUAUGACUAUGGUGGAUUUACAAUGAUGUUUGAUGACAGAAGAGGACGUCCUGUGGGGUUUCCAAUGCGGGGCAGAGGGGGAUUUGAUCGAAUGCCUCCUGGCCGUGGUCGCCCCAUGCCUCCACGAAGAGAUUAUGAUGAUAUGAGCCCUCGCAGAGGACCGCCUCCACCUCCUCCAGGUCGUGGUGGCAGAGGUGGCAGCAGAGCUCGCAAUCUUCCUCUUCCUCCCCCUCCUCCUCCUAGAGGCGGGGACCUUAUGUCUUAUGAUCGAAGAGGCAGACCUGGGGAUCGUUAUGAUGGAAUGAUGAUGCAGUGUCAUGUCAGUGCUUGUGAUGACAUAGAAACACCAGAAAUGUUCGAGGGUGGAUCAGGUUAUGACUAUUCUUAUGCAGGGGGUCGUGGUUCUUACGGAGAUCUUGGUGGACCCAUCAUUACAACACAAGUAACAAUACCCAAAGAUCUGGCUGGUUCCAUUAUUGGAAAAGGCGGUCAGAGGAUUAAACAGAUACGCCAUGAGUCAGGAGCUUCAAUCAAAAUUGAUGAACCCUUAGAGGGCUCAGAAGAUCGAAUAAUAACUAUUACAGGCACACAGGAUCAGAUUCAAAAUGCACAGUAUUUACUGCAAAACAGUGUGAAGCAGUAUGCAGAUGUUGAAGGAUUCUAAUGCAAGAUAUUUUUUCUUUUUUAUAGUGUGAAGCAGUAUUCUGGAAAGUUUUUCUAAGACUAGUGAAGAACUGAAGGAGUCCUGCAUCUUUUUUUUUUCUUAAAAUCUGCUUCUGUUUAAAAAGCCAACAUUCCUCUGCUUCAUAGGUGUUCUGCAUUUGAAGUGUAGUGAAAUUUUUGCUGUCACCAGAUGUAAUGUUUUAUUUCUUUACAUAUAGGUGGGAGGGGCUGGGACAGCCUGCAAAACUAAUAUUGGUAUUUUGAAACAGCAGCAGAGAUAGUAGAUUUUAUUUUUAUUUUUUCUAUGUUGGUUGUAAACUGUAAUGUUUUUUGUCACUUGUGAACCCAUCUGCUUCAUACUUUUUUUGUUUUUCAAAUGGGGUAGUAAAGCUGAUAGUCUACUUACCCCAACAUCCAUUCAAUGCAGUGUGCGAAAUGUAAGCGCUCUUUUGUAAAAUGUUCUAUGAUUUUAAGAAUAAAUUUAGUGAAACAAUUCUUGCAGUUCUUUCUUUAUGAAUAUUUCCAUAGUUAAAAUACACUCUACAGUCUACAUUUAUUGUGCUUGGCUUUUUUUCACUUCUCUAGACCAGAGAAGCAGAGUACCAAUUCAAAUAUUUUGGUAAAUAGGAAGUAUUGAUUGCACUGAUUUUAACUUUGGUAUGUGUAAAGAAAUUAACAUACAAAUGGUUUUCUUUCUGUUUCUCAAGUUGUAUUUCCCUAAUUGUUGUAUUGCAUUAAAUUGGUUUGAAUAAACUCUUACAAAACCUGUUUUGUCAAUUAAUAGCGAAAAAUUAUAGAAAAAAAUUAAAAGCUUGAUAACAGCCUUGGCAAAUUUGCCCAAACUGUAAUAUGUUUAAUAUGUUUCCAUUGUACAAAGAUUUGAAUGAAAUAAUUGUAUCUUUCAUAUUGACUGGCAUAGAAAAUGCGUGCUAAAUCAAUCUGUUUUCAUGUAAAAUCCUGGACAUUUGUACUGAUAGUUUCCAAGGUUAUUUCUUUUAUUGAAUAAAAUUAAAAUUGUAAUAAUACUGAGCUGGA